AUGUCAAAGCCAGGCUUUGACAACGACGGGCUCCCACUCAAUGCAACCGCAGCAAAGAGAGAGAUCAACAGAAUUCGUGGAGAUCGAGGUCACAUCGAUGAUUAUGACGAAGAUCAGAUCCGCAAGACAGAUGAGGACUUCCAGAAAGACUACCGUCGAAGAGCGUUGAUACACCGAGAGGUGUAUGCUCGAUAUACAAAAACAAGUGUCGCCGAGCAAUUAUACUCGUCCAGAUUCAGACUAAUUUACGAAUUGCUGCAAAAUGGGGAUGACGCAUGCUACACUGAGAAUGUUGAGCCCACAAUUACCUUUCGAAUCAAGCCCACCGAGUUGAUUAUUGAAUCCAAUGAGCGAGGGUUCUCACUCAAGGAUGUUGAAUCGAUUUGUGAUACUGGAAAGAGCUCGAAGAUUGGCGAUAGUAACACCACUGGCGAAAAAGGACUGGGCUUUAAAUCAGUCUUUGGUAUUGCUGAUUACGUUCAUAUCCAAUCCGGCCUCUGGUCUUUCCGAUUUGAGCAUAAACGAGGAGAAGACGGCGUGGGAAUGAUCACUCCAAUGUGGACUAAUAUUUUAUCCUCUUUACCUUCAAAUGUCGGGACGAGAUGUACGCUUCGAUACUCAGACAGUCGCGAUAGCUUCCACAAGCGCCUCAUCUCCGAAUUUGAAAAACUUCCAAAAACUAUCAUAUUUGCCCUGCGUCAACUAAGAAAGCUAAGUGUGGUCGUGGAGACUGACGAUGGUCGAUCAUCUGGGAUCACUUUCACUAAGGAUGGAGAUUUGAAUUCAGACGAGAUGCACAUCAAUACCAUAGUGACUGGACAAUUUGGUGAUCAUCUGUCAGAGAUUACACGGCUAAGGCUAUUCCAAGAGACGGUCAUCGACCUGCCAUUUGAGAGCUAA